AUGUAUAACCAACAUUUGGAGUUGCUUGUCAAGAUGAGAUGUGAUAUGGGCUGUUUACAAAGAACUAGCCACAAGGGAUAUCAGUCCAUCACCACACAAUCUACUCGUGCUGUAGCUGCGAUCAUUGCCAAUAGAAGCUGGAUACAUCAUCGUAACUCUUUAUAUCCAGCCUGCCAAUCUAUUCAGAGCAACCCAAUUCAUUCAAGAUUCUUGGGAGCUUGUCUGCCCUCCUCACCCAUUACUUCUGUCCAUAAACUAUCAACAAAAGUUCCAAUUCCACCCAGCUCUACUGUUGAAAAGUAUUGGGACGAUGUAAUGUUGAACUCAAACUAUCCUGACUAUUAUACACUCGGAUAUCGAGAUGAACCCCAUUCCAGCACGAAUGAUGAUGAAUUGAUGAAUGUUCAAAACAAUGAAAAAGGUGUUCGAAAACUAGUAGCUGGGGUUGUCAAGGCAAAACGAGAGGAUGGAGAUAUCUGGCCAUCGUUACUGACUCGUCAACUCUGCGAGUUUUAUGAAAACCAAGAUCUGACUGGACGAUCUAAAUUUUUGCAUAUACUGGCCAAGGAUUUCUGUAUUGAUUUACAGGAAACGGCAUCUGCUGUACAGCAGUUUGAAGAAUCGCUAGAGUGGUUUGGCAUGGGAUUCCUUGAUUUGGAACGCAUUACUUGGCACACACCGGCAAGCAUACUUGAAAAGAUCAUUUCCUAUGAAGCUGUGCAUGCUAUUGGGUCGUGGGAUGGUCUUAAACAGCGACUUGGUCCUGGUCGUCUUUGCUACUGCUUCUUCCAUCGUGGUAUUCCACAGGAACCACUUACAUUUGUGCAGAUGAUAUCUGAGGAUACUCGAUGGCUUGAUGAUCCAGACUUGUCACGUCACUAUCAACCCAUGAUUGAACGGCUGUGCUCUCAAUAUUUAAUUCUGGAAAGCAAGCGAUCGUUUGCGCUAGAUCCAGUUGGAAACUUUCAUUUUUGA